AUGAAGUUCCCUUGGACCCAAGCCAUUACCUGUGCACUUGCACUAUGCAACGGUUCCUUCGCUCGUCCAUUGACGUCUGACUCUGGGGCCGUAUCAAAGAGGGCAGACCCCAGCAAGGUUGGAUAUCUGGGCGUGUACUGGACAACUGCAGACGAAAGUGUCUAUUUUGCUCUCACGGACAAUGCGAAUCCGACGGCGUUUCAAGCAAUCAACGGUGGGAAUGCCAUCGUAUCUCCCACUUUGGGCACCAAAGCCGUGAGAGAUGUCUCCAUAAUACCUGCAGAUGGUAAAUGGUAUAUUAUUGGAACCGAUCUUAACAUUGACGAAACCACGUGGGAUGCGUCCACGCGUACCGGCUCAAGGGGUAUAUUGGUGUGGGAAAGUACAGACUUGAUCACAUGGACCAACGAAAGACUCGUCGUAGUGGAAGGUGAUACUGCAGGAAUGGUAUGGGCUCCUGACGCCAUCUUCGACGCUGCACAAAAUCAAUUUUUGGUGCAUUGGGCCUCGAAAUUCUACGCCGAGGACGACCCUGAGCAUACAGGCGAUGCCACGACCAAUGUCGUCUUGCGCUACGCAUAUACAAGCGACUUCGAAACCUUCAGUGAGCCAGCGACUUACAUCGAUAAGGGAGACACUGGUGUCCUCGACCUCAGUUUUCUUCAGGUCGAUGACAACACUUUCGUUCGAUACUACGGCGACAAUGCGGCCGGAGGCAUCGUGGCAGAAGUCAGCACCAGCGGACUUUUUGGAACAUGGGAACGUCCCACUGACGUGAUCGCCACCAACUACGAGGGGCCUUAUCCAUACUGGGACAAUGAGGUUGACGGCACGGCGUACUUGCUGAGUGACCUGGUGGGUGGCAGUGCUGGCUUGCGCGCAUUCGUGACCACCGAUGUGACCUCUGGAACAUUCACACAGGACACAUCCGUGGACAUCAGCUUUAUGAGACACGGCUCUGUUCUUCCCGUUACGCAGGACCAGUAUGACGCUUUGUCCGCGCUUUAG